AUGACUGCGUCUGAUGGAAAUUCGGGAUUUUUACGUGCAGCACGAGCAGGAAAUCUAGAGAAGGUUUUGGAAUACCUUCGUUCUUCCAUUGACAUAAAUACAAGCAAUGCUAAUGGAUUAAAUGCAUUACAUUUAGCAUCUAAAGAGGGUCAUGUAAAUAUAGUUCAAGAACUUCUUUCACGCGGUGCAAAUGUCAAUGCUGCAACAAAGAAAGGAAAUACAGCUCUUCAUAUAGCGGCAUUAGCUGGUCAAGAUGAAGUUGUUAAACUUUUAGUUAAAUAUAAUGCUAAUAUCAAUUGUCAAUCACAAAAUGGUUUUUCUCCUUUAUAUAUGGCUGCACAGGAAAAUCAUCUUGAAGUCGUCAAAUUUCUGCUCGCUAAUGGCGCUAAUCAAAGUUUAGCUACUGAGGAUGGAUUUACACCGUUGGCUGUUAGUCUUCAACAAGGUCAUGAUAAAGUAGUGGCUAUUCUUUUAGAAAAUGAUUCAAAAGGCUCAAAAGUACGCCUUCCAGCAUUACAUAUAGCUGCAAAGAAGAAUGAUACAAAGGCUGCUGCAUUACUUUUACAAGGAGAUAGUCAACCAGAUCUUAAUUAUAAGGAAGGAGGAUUUGUCAAUUGUACAACAAAGUCUGGAUUUACUCCAUUACAUAUCGCUGCUCAUUAUGGUAAUUUAGAAGUAGCGCAAUUAUUAAUUGCUCGUGGUGCUGAUGUCAAUUAUGCAGCUAGUCAAAAUAUAACACCAUUACAUGUUGCAUCGAAAUGGGGUAAAGAUAAUCUUGUUAAAUUAUUACUUGAAAAAGGUGCACAAAUUGAUUCGAAAACAAAAGAUGGUCUUACACCACUUCAUUGUGCUGCACGAUCUGGUCAUGAUCAAGUAGUUGAUCUAUUACUUGAAAGUGGCGCUCCAUUUGGUGCAAAAACAAAAAACGGUCUCUCAGCACUUCAUAUGGCUGCACAAGGUGAUCAUGUUGAUGCAGCACGUAUUUUACUUUAUUAUAAAUCUACAUUAGUUGACGAUGUUAGCUCCGAUUAUCUAUCUGCUUUACAUGUCGCAUCUCAUUGUGGAAAUUAUAAUGUUGCUAAACUUCUAUGUGAACGUCGUGCUGAUGUUAAUGCAAAAGCAUUAAAUGGUUUUUCAUGUUUACAUAUAGCAUGUAAAAAAAAUCGUUUAAAAUUAGUUGAAUUAUUAAUUGCGAAUGAUGCUGAUAUUGAAGCUAAAACUGAAUCAGGUUUAACAAGUUUACAUGUUGCAGCAUUUGUUGGUAGUCAUGAUAUUGUGGUUUAUUUAUUACAACAUGGAGCUAAUAUUGAUGCUAUAACAAUACGUGGUGAAACACCAUUACAUUUAGCAGCACGAAAUAAUCAAAUUGAUAUUGUUCAAACAUUACUUCGUUAUGGUGCAACAGUUGAUGUUAAAGCUAAAGAAGCACAAACAUGUUUACAUCUUGCAACACGUUUGGGAAAUAUUGAAAUUGUUAAUUUAUUAUUAAAAUCAAAUGCUUAUGUUGAUAAUGAAACAAAAGAUGGUUAUUCAAGUUUACAUAUAGCGGCGAAAGAAGGACAUGAAGAAAUUGCUAGUUUAUUAAUUGAUCAUGGAGCAAAUUUAAAUUUAUUUACAAAAAGAAAUUUCUCAGCCUUACAUAUCUGUAGUAAAUAUGGAAAUAUUAAAGUUGCUAAUCUUCUUUUACAAAAAGGAGCAACACCAGAUAUUCAAGGCAAAAAUGAUUUAACACCAUUACAUUGUGCUGUUCAUUAUAAUCAUGGUAAUGUUGCACUUCUUUUAUUACAACAUGGUGCUAGUCCACAUGUAACAGCACGUAAUGGUUAUACACCUUUACAUAUAGCUGCAAAGAAAAAUGCUCUUGAUAUUGCUGAAAUGUUAUUAGAAUAUAAUGCUAAUACAAAUGCUCAAUCAACUGGUGGUUUUACACCAUUACAUUUAAGUUGUCAAGAUGGUCAUUCUGAUAUGACUUAUCUUCUUUUAGCAAAUCAUGCUGAUCCAAAUAUAGCAUCAAAAUGUCAUUUAACACCAUUACAUCUAUGUGCACAAGAAGAUCGAGUUAAAUGUGCUGAAGCAUUAGUUAAUAAACAAGCUGACAUUGAUGCACAAACACUUAGUGGUUAUACAAGUUUACAUGUUGCGUGUCAUUUUGGUCAAAUCAAUAUGGUUCGUUAUUUAUUACAACUUGGUGCCAAUGUUAAUAUUGAAACAAAUCUUAUGUUUACACCACUUCAUUCAGCGGCUCAACAAGGUCAUGUUAUGAUUGUUAAAUUAUUACUUGAACAUGGUGCAUCACCAAAUAAAACCAAUAAACAUGGAAUGACAGCUCUAUCAAUUGCACAACGUCUUGGUUAUAUUUCAGUAGUUGAAGAACUUAAAGUUGUAACUGAAACAACAAUUGCUAGUAAACAUGAAUUAAUAACUGAAGAACGUUAUAAAAUUCAAGCCCCUGAAGUUUCACAUGAAGAGCAUCCAUUAACUGAUUCAGAAGAUGAAACAGAUAUGCUUGGCGAUGCAAGUUCAAAUGUCCAUAUGCAAUAUUUACGUGAAGGUGUUUUAAUGACUGAAGCAGAAGAAAAUAAAUUAAAUCAAACAUCGUUUAUAAAAGAAGAACCAGAAUAUCCUAUGUUAGCUGGAAAAGAUCAUUGGACUGAAAGUCGAGAUAAUUUAAAUGAUCAACCAACUCCAGUAGCAGCACCACAAUCACUAAUUGCAGAUAAUGAAAUUAUUACAAAACCACGACAUGGAGGGGAACGUUUUCAGUGUCGAUCAUUUUUGGUAAGCUUUUUGGUUGAUGCACGUGGUGGUUCAAUGCGUGGUUGUCGACAUUCAUGUGUACGAGUUAUUAUUCCACCAAAACGUGCUAGUAUGCCAACAAGAAUUACAUGCCGUUUUGUUAAACGUGAAAAAUUAACUGUACCACCACCGAUAAAUGAAGCGGAAGCAUUAGCUGCACGUGUUUUAGAAGUUGGACCUGUUGGUUGUAAAUUUCUAGGGCCUGUUAUUCUUGAAAUUCCUCAUUUUGCAUCAUUACGAAAUCAUGAACGUGAAAUAGUUGUAUUACGAAGCGAUAAUGGCGAAAAAUGGACUGAACAUACAAGUUCAGUAGCAGAUGAUGCAUUACGCGACGUUUUUGGCGAUUCUGUUGAUGCAGAAGAUUUAAAAAAUGCCGAAGAACUUCAAUCACAUCGUAUAACACGUAUUAUAACAAACGAUUUUCCUCGUUUCUUUGCCUUAAUUACACGUAUACGUCAAGAAGCAAGUUUUAUUGAUGAACAAGGUGGUUUAUUAACAUCAACAAUAAUUCCAACUAUUCAAGCACAUAUACCCGAAAAAGCAUUACAAAAACGUAUACGAGUAUCACUUCAUGUUUUACCAAUAUCAACUCAAUUAGUUCAACGUUCAUAUGGUUCACGUAUUCAUGUUAGUCCUGUUGUUACAGUUGAACCACGUCGUCGUAAAUUUCAUAAACCAAUAACAAUAACAAUACCAUUACCAACAAAAUCGUCAUCAUCAAGAAAACAUUCAUAUCAACAACAACAUGGAAAUGCUUAUACAAGUGAUUCUCAAACACUUCGUUUAUUAUGUAGUAUCACUGGUGGUACACAUGCAGCUCAAUUUGAUGAUAUUACUGGCCAUACACCAUUAACAUUCUCAAAUGAUUGUGCGACAUUUACAACAACUGUUUCAGCUAGAUUUUGGUUAAUCGAUGCUCAAGGUGUAUCCGAUAUUCUCAAGUUAGCUCAUGAAAUAUAUCGUGAAGCAACAUCAGUUCCAUAUAUGUCACGUUUUAUUGUUUUUGCUAAACGACAUGAUUUAAAUGAAGCAUUAGUUCGAAUAUUUUGUAUAACUGAUGAUAAAGAAAAUAAAACACUUGAAAUGCAAGAACAUUUUACUGAAAUAGCUAAAUCAAAAGAAGUUGAAGUUGUUAAUGGUAAUUCAAUUUAUAUUGAUUUACAAUCAACUAAUUUACAAACAAUUAUUAAAACCAAUGAACAAUUAACAUUAGUAUUUCGUGCAUUUAAAGAAAAUCGUUUACCAUGUGUUGUUCGUUUACGUGAUCAAGAACAAGAACCAUCAGGACGUUUAGUUUUUUCAAAAGAUAAUGGAAAACUAACAUCAAUUCAACGAACAACAUCAAUUACAAUGACAAAUGGACAAGCAUCAGCAUUAUCAUCAACAACUGUUAUCGAUCCGCAAACAUUACAAACAAUUUGUAAUUUAAAUAUUCUUGUACCUGCUUAUGAUAAAGAUUUACUUGAGAGUGAAGAACGUCUUCGAGCAUUACAAUGUGUUGAACGAGAUCAUCAUUCUGAAAGUUGGAAAUCUGAUGAUAUGUAUCGAAAAGGAGAAAUACGUUUAACUGAUAUUGCUCGAAUGCUUGGAAGUGAGUGGCCAGCACUUGCUGCCGAACUUGAAUUAAGUGAAGAUGAAGUACGAAAAAUAAUGGAUGAAUUUGGAGAAAAUGCUUCAUUACAAAUGUUACGCUAUUGGCUUAAAUCACGAGGAACUGAUGCAACAGGAAAUUUUCUUCAACAAGCUUUACGUAAAAUUGGAAAGGAAAAUAUUGUUCAUAAUUGUGUAUUUAAUAUUGAAUGGGUUACUGAUGCUGCUGAAAAAGAAUUAGCUAAAGCUCGUCUUAAUAGUCAAAAUGGUAUUGUUGAUGGAAUUGCAAUUAGUGUUACCGAUAUAGCAGGUACAAUACUUGAAUCACUUAAAGGACAAUUUGAAACACAUCGUAAAGUUGAUAGUACAACAUCACCAUUAGAUAUAAAUAAAUUAAAUCUAUUUCAACAAUCAUCAGCUAUACAAACAUCACCAACAAAUACGAGAUUACCCAAUUCACUUGAAAUACAUUAUGAUGCUGAAUCACCUAAAAGUCCAUAUUUAGUUAUUAAAGCUGCGAAUUCAUUUUGGAUGGUACAACCCAUACAAAAUUCUGAUGUUGAAGAACAUUUAAAAAAAUUUUCAUCACCCGUUAUGAAACGUGCUACAAUAAAAUUACCUGAUAGUUUCGAUAUUGAUAGUGAUUCUGAUGAUAAUGCAAAAAAUCCUAGUAAUCAUAAUUCAAUAUCGGAAGAAGAUGAAAAUUUAACAAUUGAUCCCUAUGAACAAUUAUCUGAAAUGAAAACAAUACGUUCAUCAUCAUUAUUUCAAAAUGAUGAUCAAUUUGAAAAAUUUGAUAUUAAACUAGAUGAAAUUUAUUUAAUUAUUGAUCAAUUAAAACAUGAACCAUUAACAUCAAUAAUAUCAAAUAAUUUACAAAAAAAAAUUCAUGAUUUAAAAUUUAUUAUACAUAAUAUAAAUUUAAAUAAACAAGAUGAAUUACGUAUUGAAUAUGAAUUAGAUGAAUUAGAUAAUUUAUUAAAUCAAAAAUCAUCAUCAUCGAAACAUAAUAAUGAUUAUAAUUUAAUUGAAUUAUUUGAACAAAAUCUUAAUGAAUUGCAACAUCUUAUUGAACAAAUGAAAUCAUCGGAUUUACAAUCACAAAAAAAUUUAGUAACAGAUUUUGAAGAUAAAUUUGAAUCGAUACAAAAUAUUGAAGAAGAAAAACAUCGAUUUAUAUCUAAACAUCCACGUCUUAUACCAGAAAAUCCUGUUAUAACAAGUGAUGUCUUUUUUGAAGGUGAUAAAAUAAUUAAAACUAAAAAAUCAACACCUAUUCCACGUCUUAUACCAGAAGAUGCACGAAUAAGUGCAGCAAGUUUUUAUGAAGGUGAUCUAACACGUUCAUUAUACCAUCAUGUUGAACCAGAAAAAGAUCCUGAAAAUGUUUCAAAACAAAAACAAUGUUUUAUACCUGAAAGUCCACUUGUUUCACGUGAUAAUUUUUAUGAAGGUGAUGCACAACGUUCAAUGUUUAGUAAACGUUCUAAUCAAACAGAAACAGUAUCAUCAACAUCAUCACCACCAAUAUCAAUUGAUAAUCUGCGAGGAAUAAUGAGUGAUUUAAUGCUUGCUGCAUCAUGGUCAAAGCGACCUUCAAGAGUUGAAAAACAAGCAACAAAAGAUGAAGAAGAAAUAGUUGCUGAAUCAUUUAUUACAACAGAACGAAACAAUUCAAAAUCAUCAUCAUGUGAAAUUAUCCAUGAAAUUGAAAACUUACCAUAUACACAUCCAUCAAUUAUAGUUGAAGAACAAAUUAAUAAACCACUUUAUCCAACUAUAAUUGAAGAAGAUGAAUUAAGUAUAGAAAAAUCUCUUGAAGAAGAAAAACCAUCAUCAAAUGAAGAUGUAUCGAGACAAGUAUCAGGUGAAAUGACAACGAUUGUUGUAUCUCCUCCAUCAUUUGAACAAGAUGAAGAUGAAGAAGAACAAGAACAAGAACAAGAACAAGAAAAUCAAUCAAUAACAGAUAAAAAUGAUUCGGAUCGAAUAAAUUAUGAAAAUUGUCUUGUUCAAACAUCAAAUGAUGUUGUUGAUAAAGUAUUAAAUGCAGCUAUUUCCGAAACAAUCGAACAAGAAAAAGAUGAAUUAUAUUAUCAAACAGCUAUGGAACUUGUUCAAAAUGCGAUUAGAAAUGCACUUGAACGAUAUAAUAGUGAAUCAGAUUUAAAUAAAUCAUUAUCAUCAUCAUCAUCAUCAUCAUUGAAUGAAGACGAAGAAGAAGAAGAAGAAAAUCAUCUUCAAGAAUAUUUAUCAUCGGAUGAUGAUGAAGAAAAUGAAAAAUUAAUUCCACAAAUAAAUGAUCAACCAUAUUUAUUUGUCAAUGAUGUUGUGACAUCAAAAUCGACACAAGAACUUGGUGAUCUUGUUCAAGAAUUACAAAUACUUGAACAUAAAAUUCAUAAGAAACAUUCAUUUUCAUCAGCAUCAUCAAGUUUCUCGGAAAAUGAACACAAUGAUGAAUCUAUCAAUUUAUCUAUUCCACAAAUAAUUCGAACAAAAUCCGUUACGGAAUUAAAAAAUCUUGUUUUUGAAUUACAAAAUGUUGAAGAACAACUUGAAGAUAAACUUGAUUCACCUAAUGAAACAAUGAAAUUACCAAUGUCAUCAAAAUCAUUUAAUGAACUUGGUGGUUUAAUUAAUGAAUUAAAUAAUGUUUCAAAACAACUAAAUAAUCGUAUAAAUGAAGAAAUUUUUAUAGCAACAAAUAUUGAUUCAUUAUCCGAAGAUAUUAUUAAAUAUCGUCGUGAUUCAUUAACAAAUUCAAAUGAUCAGUAUUUUCAUCAAACUGAACGACAACCAUUAAGUCGACCAACAUCACCAAUAUCGAAACAAGAUUUUCUUGAUAUGACAUGUAUAUCUAUGAAUGAUAUUGAUCAAGUUUGUCAUCAAUUACAAUAUGAACAAUUUGAACACCAAAUUGUAGAUAAUCUAAUUAUUGAAAUUAUUCGUGAAGCAGAAGAUAUUAUUGUUAAAGAGUUAUCGGUUAAUAUUAAAUCUAAUCCAAUUAUGAUCGAUAAUCAACGACGUGCAUCAUGUCAUCGAUCAACAACAACAAGUAUAUCUGAUGAUCAAGAUCUUUCACAUGAAGAUAAUAUUGGUGAUAAGACAUUUGAAUUAGCUGCUCAACUUGAUUAUCUUCGACGUAUGUCACGUUAUGAAAAUUUAGCAUAUAAUCCAGAAGACUUAGAAAAAUCUCAAACUACUAGUCAGUACACAUUACUACAAACAGAUCGUAGUGAUGAUGAUGAUGAUAAUGAUGAUUUAAAAUCAGCAAGUUAUUUAACUAUGGUUAAUGAAGAACAAUUAUCUUCUGAUGAAGAUAAACAAAAAGAAUUAAUUAAUAAAAUAAAACAACAACAACAAAUGAAUAUAAGUCAAGAAUCAAUUACUCAACCAUCAUCUGAUUCACUUGAUUAUCAUUCAAUUGAAAUUAAUCAAAUACCUGUACGACGAACAACUAGUGAAAGUAGUCUUCAUAGUACAUCAUCAUCAAUUCAUUCAUGUGAAACACAUUCAUUAUCAACAUCAUGUUUAAUUGAUAAAGAUGAACAAGAACAAAACCUAUCUGAAAUACCAUCAAAUGAUAAUGAUUUUUUUGAUUGUGUUAAAUUAGUUGUUAGUAAACCACUUGAAAUAAUAGAUAAUUCUAAUCAACAACAUUUUCAAUCAGCACAUGAUUUACAUGAUGAAGAAAAAAGUAAACUUGUUCGUAGUCCUGAACUUUAUAAUAUGGAUAAUGUUAUAAAACAUGAUCAAAAAUCUUUAUUAUCAUCAAAUACACAAUUACAAUAUCGUACAUUAUCGGAAUCUGCAUUACCUCAAGAUGAUUCCAAACGUCAUAGUUUAACAACAAGUAAUGAUGCAUCUAUUGAAUAUUUAACAGCAUUAUCAAAAGAAAAUUCAAUUGAAUUUAAUCAACAACGUCUUUCAACACCUUAUGAUGAUGUUCCAGAAAAAGAAUCAAGUCCUGAACAAUCUGAAUCGUGUAAUGUUUCGUCACCGAUAUUUGCUGAUGCAAUUGAACCUACAAGUAGUUGUCAACGUCCACUAGCAUUUCGUGUACCUGGUCAACAACGUAUAAUAACAGAUGAAGAAUAUUUUAUUGUUGCAAAUGAUCUUGCAAAUCAAGUUUUACAUGAUGUUCUUACUGAAUUAAAUGGUGAACAAGAUGAUUUAUCUCAAAGUAAUACAAGUGAUAAAUUAUCAAUAAGUAGUAGUACAUCAUCGGAUAUUGAUGAUGAUGAUGAUAAACUUAUUGAAGUUGAUGAAGAAGCUGACGAAUAUAUCGAAACUAAGACAUUCAAUGAUAGAGAUAAUUAUUCAACUACUACACAACAAACUUCAAAUCGAACAUCAUUUUCAAAAGGUUUACGUCGUGCACAAACUGAUGCAAAAGAUUUUGAUAUUAUACAAAGUCCAUAUACUUUAAAUGCACCAUUAAUUCGUUGUAAUUCCCAGUCAGAUACAGAAGUUUAUUUUCGUAGUGUAUCACCAUCAAUGAAUGAUUAUCGACAAUAUGAAAAUUCAAGUUCCGAUGAAGAAGCAUCAAAUAAAAAACAUAAAUUAUUAAUAAAACCAAAAGAAAAAUAUUCCGGUGAAGGUGAAGAAAGUAGUGGUGGUGAAGGUAAAGAACGAACACAUCCUCGACGAAAACGUUCCAAUGAUCAAACAAAUAUUCAUGAAUCACCACCAAAUAAAAAUGUUACAUUUAAAUUAGAAAUAAAUGAUAAUAAUAAUAUUAAACGUCAAGAUAGUUUAGAUUCACCACCACAAGAUUUAAAUGAAAAAUCUAUACUUAAAAGUUUACAAGAAGGUAUUCUACGUAUUAAUCUAGAAUCAAUACAUAUUGAUUUAAAAUUAAUAAAUCAACAGAAAGAACAUCUUCAUGAAAAUAUUUAUGCAUCAAUAACAAAAAAACCAUUUAUACCCUAUGAUUAUGAUGCUGGAAGUGAAACUGAUCGUGAUGAUUUAAAAAUUAUCCAUACAUAUAAUGAAUCAAUAACACAAAUAACAUUUAAUCAAUCGACGAAUAUUAAAUAUAAUACAUUAUCAAUUGAUAUUGAUAUAAAAAAUCUUUUAGAAGAAUUAAUUGAAUCAAUAAAUGAUGAUUUAACAAUAUCAAUAUCAAGUGAAUCACAAUCGGAUGCAACAACAGUUAUAUUUAAUUCAAAUAAAACAUCAAUGGAUGAUGAAGAAAAUAUUGAACAACAAAAUUCGAAUUCGGAACAAAAUGAUAAACAAUAUUUAUCAAUACAACCAAUAAGUUCAUCUUCAUCAUCAUCUGCAUCAUCUUCAGCUCAUUCUGUGAUAUAUUAUCAACAACAACAAUCACAAAUGAAAACUAGUUUACCUUGUAUUGUACAUACAAAAACUAAAAAACAAUUAUCAACACCAUCGUUUUCUAAUAUCGAACAUUGUACUAAAAAAAAAUUCCGUUCAUAUCCCGGUUCGUUGGGAGGCACCGUCGCUCAUAUAACUUCUUCUCCUAAUACAUCUACUCCCGAUGAUUACUAUACGUCAAUAACAACAACAUCUACUACUUUUCAAAGUGGUAACGAACCACUCUAUUUCUCGUUUUUUCCUUCUUGA